AUAAAUAAAUUUAUAAAGUGUUUUAAAUUUGUUUCAGUGGUGUUUUUAAUGGAUAGAUACUGUUUUUUAUUUAUUUAGCAGCAGGGCUCCUAAAGAAGAGCAAUGGCUGAGGAAUUUAAACAGCUGAAGCCCUACAAUUGGGCUGACACCAUGUGGUGCACUUAUAUGGUGUCUGUAGUGGCUGCCAGUAUUGCAGAAAUAGCAACCUAUCCUUUGGAUUUGACCAAAACUCGCCUCCAAAUUCAAGGCGAAGCCGCCAGCAAACUGACCACUGCCAAUAUUAAAUAUCGUGGAAUGCUAUCAACUGCCACUGGCAUAAUACGAGAAGAAGGCCCAACAGCCCUUUGGAGGGGCGUAGCACCCGCUUUGUACAGACAUGUGAUAUAUUCUGGUGUCCGAAUGGUGACUUACGAAACCUUAAGGGACAAAGUGUUGAAGAAGAAUGCUGAUGGAAAGACUUUUCCUGUUUGGAAAAGCGCUUUAGGUGGUGUAUCUGCAGGAGCUUUGGCUCAAUUUUUGGCAUCGCCUGCAGAUUUAGUCAAAGUUCAUGUCCAAAUGGAAGGCAAAAGGAGACUUUUGGGUUUACCUCAAAGAGUAUCAGGAGCUCACGAUGCUUUUCAAAAAAUUGUUAAAUCUGGUGGUGUACGUGGUUUGUGGAAAGGUUCAGUACCGAACGUUCAAAGAGCAGCUCUAGUCAAUUUAGGUGAUUUAACUACAUAUGAUUCGGUAAAAAGAACACUAUUAAUGAACACGGAUCUACCAGAUUCACACACAGUCCAUAUAUUCAGUAGCAUUUGUUCAGGACUGGUUGCUGCUUGUGCGGGAACACCAGCAGACGUUGUUAAAACUAGAGUCAUGAACCAGCCUACAGACGCACAUGGAAAUGGACUUCUUUACAAGAACUCAAUAGACUGUUUGAGGCAAACUGUUUCUAAAGAAGGAUUUUUUGCUUUGUACAAAGGUUUUUUGCCGGUGUGGAUAAGAAUGGCACCAUGGUCUUUAACAUUCUGGCUAAGCUUUGAGAACUCGAGAAGACUGUUGGGGGCAACGCAAUUUUGAAAUAUAAAAAUGAGGCAAAAAGGCAAAAGAGAUAGUUCAAAUUAGAGAAUAGUUAGAUGUUAAAUAUUCAGGUUUUUAUAUGGAACAAUAGUCUUAUUG